CCCUUGUUUGCACGAACGAGAGUAGACGAGCGUGCGGAGCGUAGGGUUUGCCGCCACCGCCAAUUCAGGCCGUCCUCCGGCGAGGACGCCGGAGUAAUCGGUCCGUCCCCAGCUUCUCCAGGGACCUCUCGCUCCAUCCCAUCUCCGACCGCCGCCGAGGUAGCUCCUCCUCCGGCAGCGCCUCGUUGCUCCGUCACCGGAUCUGCACGACGCCGCGCCGCUCCCUGCUACUCGUCCUUCCCACGGUUCCAGCCCAUCCGAUGAUUCCUCUCGAACGGUAGCCCCUGUGGGUCUGGGCCUCCCCACGGUUCCCCCGCCCUUGCAACUUGUCUCUGCCCCCGUCUCCACCCAGCUCUUUCUCAAUCGAAGGGUUUGAAAGAUGCAGAACGUAAAAAAAGCUGGUCUCACUAGAAGCUCAAAUCAGGGGCAGCAAACAUGCAAAGGAGGCAGACAGGCCAGAAUGAGCUCAAGUGAUUUGGGUGAAGAUGGAUGGUGUGAACUUAGUCAAGAACUUGCUUCCAAGUUGUCUCCAAACAUCGUCUCACUUGCUUCAUUUCAUGAUGGGGCGAUGUAUUCACAAUGCACAGGCAUAGUCAUAAGAAACAAGCAAUCUGGUGCAUCUUUCCUGACAUCGUCAGAUUUGCUUACUAUGAACGGCAGGUUUAAACAUUCAUUAAAGAUCAAAGUGCGUCUACCAAAUUGCAGACUGCUUGAUGGAGUUGUGCAACAUUACAGAUUGCCUUACAAUAUGCUUGUUAUCACAACCGAGUACUUCCCUGAUCUUCGCAAAGCAUGCCUCAGUGACAGCGUGCAAGUUGAGUCGCUCACUGAGUUAUUAGCUGUCAGGCGUUGCUAUAACUCAAGCAAAUUAAUGGCCAGAAGUGGGGUAAUGAUGGAGGGUUCACAUGGAGUUGAAAGCGAAGGAUUCAAGUUUUCCACAUGCCAAAUCACUGCGACUGGAAGCGGUGGACCUCUUGUUGAUCCUGAUGGGAAUGUUAUUGGGCUUAACUGGUAUAACGAUAGGGAAAUAACCACAUUUGUACCAACAAAUCAGAUUCUUGAGUGCUUGGUCGCUUGCGGAUUCCGGUCCUCUAUGCGAAAAAAAUCCACACCCUCCAACUUCUGUUCAGAAGGUAGCUAUUGUCGAGAUAGCUCAAGUCGGGGAAGUGAAAAUGAGAAACAGGAACCUGGUGGCGUAUGGUGUGAGCUUGAUCAAGAACUUGCUUCAAAGUUGUCUCCAAGUGUCAUCUCCCUUGCUUCAUUUGAUGGAGAGACAUUGCAUUCUGAAUGCACAGGCAUAGUUACUGAUAGCAAACUAUCUUCUCCCACUUUUCUGACUUCAAGAAGUUUGUUUAGAUCUGUGUACGGUGAACACAUCCUCACAAUGACGAUCAAAGUGCGCCUUCCAAAUGACAAAGUGGUUGAUGGGUCGUUGCAGGAUUAUAUGGGUUCUUAUAAUUUGGUUCUUGUCACCACUGACCCCUUGCCAGCCUUACCUGAUCUUCGUCUAGCAUGUCUCAGCAAAAGCAUGCAAGUAGAGUCGGCUGCUAAGGUAUUGGCUAUAAGGCGGUGCUUCAAGUCAGGCAAAUUAAUGACCACCACUGGGGUGCUGAUUGACAGUCCAAGUGGAGUUGUUAGCAAUGAGCUUAAGUUGUCCACUUGCAAAAUCACUGAGGCUGCCAGUGGAGGACCACUUGUUGAUUUUGAUGGGAAUAUUGUUGGCAUGAAUUACUAUGAUACAGAAACAACUUCAUAUGUACCAACUAAUUUUAUUUCUGAAUGCGUGGGGCCUGCUGUUUUCUGGUCGGGAAGUAAGGACGAUGGUUGUAGUACAAGUAAAAGAAAGAUCAGUGGGAUAGAAACAUCUGCAACACCCUAUAACCGGUGGGAAGAAGUCACUGAUCACGUCGAGGCAUCUCCUAUCCUUGAGCCAACAGAAGUCACUGAUUACGUUGAGGCAUCUCCUAUCCUUGAGCCAACAGCAGACCUCACUGACAAUGAUCUCAAGCAUACACUUGAUCCCUGGCCAUCUAAUGUAUUCACGAGGAAAGUAAAUAUGAUGUUAAGUUAUUCUGGAUACCCAUUGCCAAGUUUUGCUGACGGAAGCAUGUAUUUGAAGGCUGAUUUUGAAGAGAAAUUUGACAAAAAGGGCUGUAGUAAAUCUAUUAAUAGAGUUGCUUCAAAGAUGUCCCGAUAUGUUGUCGCACUUGCUUCAUUCGAUGACGAAGACAAAAGAUAUUUUGCUUGCACAGGUAUGUUGAUAAAAUGCAAGGACUCCAGAACUAGAGUUCUGACUUCACUAAGUUUAGUUAGAACUUCUGGUGGUGAAAACAAGAUUCGUAAGCUGAGGAUUGAAGUGUGCCUUCCAAGUAAACAAUGUGUCCCGGGGACAUUGCAAUACUAUGAUCCACACUAUAAUAUGGCUGUUGUCAGCUUUUUCUCUGGUGUCAGCAUCCGGGGUGUCAACGUCUUGGUUGCUCGUCGCCAUCGAGUGACAGAACUCAGUGAAACGCCUCAAACUAAGGUAGUAGCUCUAGGACGUGGCUUUCGAUCAGGCGAGUUCAUGGUCACAAAUGGGGUGGUGACUGGCGAACGAAGUAGGUUUGAUUGCCAAGAGCUUCAGAUGUCCACUUGUAAAAUCACCAAGGCCGGGAUUGGAGGACCUCUUAUAGAUUUUGAUGGGAACUUUGUUGGCUUGAACUUCUAUGACGUGGAAGAAACUCCUUACCUACCAAGGAAUGUAAUUCUGAAAUUAUUAACUCGGUUAAGUGCAGAACGGACUGUUGCUACCAAUGUUACGAAGAAGUCCCAUUUGAAUAUGGAUGUUAGGAAGAAGUCCCAUUUGAAUACGGAUGUUAGGAAGAAGUCCCAUUUGAAUAGAUGGCCCGUCCCAGACCCAUACUGGGUUUAUCCGAGCCGUCACCGUCAAGCGAGUCAUCUGUCAGAUGGCCAUCUGUCAGAUGGCUACGAAUAGAAGUCUCGUGCUUGUAUGAACGCCUAUGUACUUAAUGUUGUGUUGUGCUUGUAUUUUGUAUGAACACCCAUGUACUUAACUUAAUGGCAAUAUGGUGGUAGCAUGGUUACAUCAUUUUAUGACAAUUAACUGCACGGGGCGAGAGUUUAUGAUAAUAGAAAGCAUUGAGAAUCGUAUUCCAAUUUCUGCUAUAGUA